GUCCACUUUUAGGGAGCGAACUCGGAGAGGAAAAAAGGGAGAGUCAAAACGAAGCCAACCGCCAUAACCAUAAGAAGAAAGUGCCAACGUCAAGGAGGAAUAGCUUAGCAACAGAGUCCCACUUCCUGGUUAACAUGGCAACCCGAGAGUGACUGAGACAAAGGGUGUCAGAUCCACAGGCGUGACGCGGGACCCAGUUCCGCCGAAACUGGACACCCGUUGCUCCGAGCGGCUCUCGCUGGUUUAGUGGCGACCUACAGAGAACAGCCGUCCGGUGGAUCAAGGUCAUUCUUCUCCGCUGUGAAAGAGGUGUAAAGGAUAAAGCUCCUAACACCAUGGAUAUGGACACGCAGCCACACGGCCAGCAAGCAGCUGUUCCAGUCUUUCAACCCCAGAAACAGUUGCAGCCAGACAUGGGCCACAACUCGCUGGCAAACUUCCAGAUUGAGAAGAAGAUCGGAAGAGGCCAGUUCAGUGAGGUGUACCGGGCGAGGUACCUGCUGGACAACACGUCAGUGGCCCUGAAGAAAGUCCAGAUAUUCGACUUGAUGGAUGCCAAAGCUCGGCAAGAUUGCAUCAAAGAAAUAGAUCUCCUAAAGCAAUUGAACCACCCCAACGUGAUAAAGUACCAUGCGUCUUUCAUUGAGGACAACGAGCUGAAUAUAGUCCUGGAGCUGGCCGAUGCAGGCGACCUCUCACGCAUGAUCAAGCACUUCAAGAAGCAGAGGAGGCUGAUCCCAGAGAGAACGGUGUGGAAAUACUUUGUCCAGCUCUGCAGUGCGCUCGAACACAUGCACUCCCGGAGAGUCAUGCACAGAGAUAUUAAGCCAGCCAACGUAUUCAUCACAGCUACAGGAGUAGUGAAACUAGGAGACUUGGGACUGGGCCGGUUUUUCAGCUCCAAAACAACUGCCGCUCACUCGCUAGUGGGUACUCCUUACUACAUGUCACCGGAGAGGAUACAUGAAAACGGAUACAACUUCAAAUCUGACAUCUGGUCGCUAGGAUGCCUGCUCUACGAGAUGGCAGCCCUGCAGAGUCCGUUCUAUGGGGACAAGAUGAACCUUUACUCCCUUUGUAAGAAGAUAGAACAGUGUGACUACCCCCCUCUUCCCUCAGAUCACUACUCAGAGGAGCUGAGGAACUUGGUAGAUAUGUGCAUCAACCCUGACCCGGAGAAGAGGCCGGACAUCACCUACGUGUACGACAUUGCCAAACACAUGCAGAACGUGACACAGAGCAGCUAAGCCCAGAGUUUCACACACUCUGCUUGCAGUCCUCCCCACUUCUGUCCUUCCUUUACAAGCUUGACUCAUACACGUGUGUCUGCUUUUAUAUAAUUUGUGAUAAGUAGUAUGUGUAACAGAUUUCUUUUCAGGAGAUACAGUUCACAAAAUGCUGACAUCCCAACCUUUUCUUCCCUAGGAUAAAGAUCAUACAUUUUUAUCAAAUGGACCUCCAAUUCCUUAGACAGCAGUAUUGUUACAGCACUGAAUAUCAGUCAAUUGUAACUCCUUGAUGUGUUGUUUACUAUGGCUUUAAAAUGCAUGUCCUCUAUAUUUUUGUUGUAGUGACGUUAAACCGUUGUUCUGCAGCUGCUAUGAGCAGAAAACUAUUUAAAGCAGAUAAAAAAGAGACAUGGAAUUUCUUUUUCUUUUUUAAAGGGAAAGUUAAGUGUCAGAUGUCCCCCAUCCUCAAAACAGUUGAUCGAGAUAAAUAUUAAGAAUAUAUAAGAAAGGUACUUUAAAAGUCUGGUAGUAGUUAAGAGACGUACGGAGCAGCAAAAGUAACAAAAAGACCAUGAAAAGUGAACAAUGGUUAAAUUGGACUGAAGAGAUUUGAGGGACGUAAGAGUGUUUUUUGAUGGUUGAAGCGUUGUGUUGCACUUUCUACUCUGGUAAUAGAAGGCUGGCAGGGUGAUCAUGUCUCAUGAGUGUAUUAGGAAAGGAAGCAUCAUUCACAGGGUAGACUAGAGAUGUGCUGGGGGGGGGGAACAUGAGCAAAUGUCUCCACAACACUUUGAAUGCAAGUCAUUUUGACACCUAUGCAUUGUCUUUGAAAAAUUCAGUAUGCCUCUUUUUUUCUUUUUUUUGACAGUCUAGAAGGAGCCGUAGAAGCUUUAAGGAAAGCACUUUGACGUCUGCUGCUUACCUUAGUCACUGACAGCAAAAGAUGUCUGCCUUGGUUCAACUUGAGCUUUAGUUUUUAGUUGUAAAUCCCUACAAAGACCUGAGCAAAAGAAUCUAAAGUCAAAGGGCAUAGUUAUCCAUCAUGGUCCAGUGGCUGCAUUUUAUCCCCUCAGAAAGUUGAGACUAUUUUAUGAUGUGUAAGUUUACAGUUUUUCUGUCUUGUUUUGUACCAAAUAUGUUGAAGAGUCAGCGGACCCUCACAUUGUUAACCGUCCAUGUUGUAAGUAAAUCACAGCGUGCCUACCUAAUUCAUGUCCUCCCCUGCGAUACCAAAGAGUCACACGGGAAAGCAGUUUAUAUAAAUGUUCUGGUCUGAAACAUGAUGUUCUUAAGUGUUGUAGUGAAAGUAAGCACCAGUGGUCCUCGUUUUGUGUUUUGUGUUGUAGUAGAGAAGUUCCUUGAGAUAUUGUCGAGUUUUGGCCACCCUUUAUUCAUUCGGUGAUUAAACACUACAGAUGUCUCCACCAAACAAUGAGACCACAUGAAAGGAAUAGGAAGUAAUUGAUGUCAAUGACUCUUAAAUUCAGCUUCUUACCAGAAAUAACUGGUCAUCAAAAACAACCAUUGUCUCAUUGAAAUGAUUGUACAUGUGUGCAUAACACAUGUGUUUACAUGUAUGUGGAUAAACACAAGGGUAGGAAAAUGUAAAACGUUAUUUUGUUUUGGUCAGCAUAUCAUUUUCAUAGACUUGCAAAAACAUUUUUGUAAUUUUUCUUUGCCCCCUCCAAGCAGCCCCCCCCCCCCUCACCCCCUGGUGCUGUGGAUUUCCAAAUUCUCCCAACAAGAACAUGUAUAGCCCCAGCAUUUUUUAUUUGUAUUAACAUGAUACUAAGUUUUAAUUGCUAUACAGAACUCCUUGGAUACAUUGGUAGAAUUCACCGGAAAAAUGCAAAUGCAUUUAUUGACAUUUACAUGAUGCCCUUUCACAACACCAGCACCACAGUCACUUAUGCCCCAGAAAGAAUGUAGCAUGUACUGACCGUAGCCCAGGUAAUUGUGAGCUUGCAAAGUCCAGAUUAAAUGAAUUUGGGGUUUUUUUUGGCCCUUUGUUGGUAGGGAGGCUUUCUGUCUUUUGUAUAACAUGUGAUGUGCUCUCCUUUCUCUCAGUGUGCUUUCCCACAGGCCGUCUGGAUCUUCCAAGAAUUCAAACAUUGCAGAUAUUAUUUAAUGUUUUGGUUGUUUUCUGCAUAUUUCAUGUCCAAUUAAUGACCCUCAUCACAAACUCCUUGUAUGCCCACUAUAUGCAAUAAAGCUUUCCAAUUUCU